AAGUGAGCCUCUUCAACCAACCCAACAAACCAAAGCCCGACGAUGGCCAUCAUCAAGCAGUCGCUCAUUGUCCUAGUGCUGCUCAUAUGCGGAGCAGGCGGCUCCGCCACACCGGCGCCGGCGCCGGAGCCGGCGCUGCUGACGCAGGAUAAUCUGUGUGUCGGCAUAAGCACGUCCAACGAAGAGCUGGCCUGCGUCGCCAACGUCGCACUGGCCUGCUUCGCCGAGAAUGCCGUCACCAACGAGGUUACCUUCACGCCAUGCUUCGUCCUCGCCGCCGGCAGGCAAUGCUUGGCCAAGGAUAAGGAGGAGCCCAACAAGGAGCACUGCAUCGGCCUAGAGAUCAGCAAGCAACUGCUGCCAUGCCUUGGAGAUAGCGCCUGGACCUGCUACAACGACAUCACGGGGUACAUCCCUCCCGUCUUCAUCGCGUGCUUCCAAGGCAGAGCCCUCAUGUGCACCCGACAGUGAUCCUUGUCAGGAUUUUCAUUCCAUCAGCUGCAGCAUGAUCAACCGCUUGCUUGCCGACAAUAAAAGGGGUUUGUGUGUGUGUGUGUGUGUGUGUGUGUGUGUGUGAUUUAGUAUAUGGUAGUAGUAAUAUGGUAUGGUUGUGCCAUAUUUCUCGGAUUUAUUUUGUUUUGAUGAUUGAUGAUGAUUUCGCUGGACAAAAGAAAAUAGAGUGAGAAGCAUUGAGCCUUCCUUGUACUGAUCUCAUCAAAAGGAAGCAGGAAAAAAACAAAAGAAUGGUUGGUUGUAUAA